AUGUUCAACAUGAAACCCGACCUGUUGAACGUCACAGCGAGUGAGCUGCAGCGCCUACUGACCGACGGACGCAUCACCAGCCUCGAUCUUGUACGCCAAUACCACAACCAGAUCUUCAAACACAACGACAGACUCAAGGCUAUGAUAUCGAUCUCGCCGCUUCCACAUCUAGAGAUGAUUGCGGUUAAGCUGGAUGAUGAAAGAAGGAGGGGGGUUGUGAGGAGUGCGCUGCAUGGUAUACCAUUCAUCGUUAAGGAUGCUAUGGAUACGUCAAGCGAGUUCCAGCUCGAAUCCACGAAUGGUGGGUGGGCGUUUGUGGGGUCUCAGCCGAGAGAGACUGCUAGGGUUGUUAGGAUGACGGUGGAUGCUGGGAUGAUCUUGAUGGGGAAGGCGAAUCUUUCUCAAUUCGGAAACUGGAAGGCAUCCGGCAUGAGCGGCGGCUGGUCUGCACGUGGAGGCCAGACACAAUCCGCAUAUGUACGCGGCGGUGUAGUCAACGACGGUAUCUACGGCCAUUCGAACCCAUCCGGCUCAUCAACAGGAUCGGCUGUAGCCGUGAGUGCAGGCUUUGCGCCUGUAUCCAUCGGUGCUGACUUUAACGGUUCUCUCACGAACCCAGCUACCCGUGCUGCCCUGUUUACUAUACGCACUACGCCCGGUAUAGUAUCGGAACAUGGGGCAUUCCCGUUCUCGAAGAACAGGGAUAGUGUUGGGCCUAUGGCGAAGAGUGUGGAGGAUCUUGUUGGUUUGCUUAAUGUCGUCGUGGAUCUUUCACACUCGGAAGUGCCCGACCGAGGGUAUAACACGUCUCUUUCUCGCGACUGGAAAGAUAUCUCUUUCGGCACCUUGAAUCCAAGCCACUGGCGUCUACCAGAAGCCGUUCAGAAGCCGCAACCUGGAGCUUUGGAUCAAAUUAUACGAGAGACACUUGCAGCCUACAAGAAGAUAUCAACCCUAGCCAAACUCGUCGUCGGCCUAGUCAGCUUGGUCUCUGAUGAAACAUUAGACGAAAGCAUGAACGACGUCCUAGCCACAAUCAAAAACGAUUUCUCCACCCUCUUCGAAGCCUACACAAACGGCCUGGUCACCCCCAAAGUCAAGACCCUCGCGGAACUAAUCAAUUUCAACGAAACAAAUCGCGACAUCGAGUUACCAGACUACUCCCCUCGACAAGACAAGCUCACCCAAAGUCUGGAAGAUGCCAACUCGCUCACGGAUGCAGAGUAUCACCGUCUUGAUGUAAAGGCGACCGCGUCGGCCGCUGAUGAUGCGAUCGAUAAGAUGCUUCGUGAGCACAAUGUCAACGUGAUAAUAGGGCCAGCAGAUAGCCGUCUACCCGAUGUUGUUGCUUUAGCUAGUAGGUACUGCCGUGUAUGUUAA